AAUCUGUGGCGAUGAGAUAGACGGCGGUACAAUGACCAUCCAGAAAGCCAUACAACUUCUGUGCUCCUCCGAUGACAAAUACCAAGCUAUGGGUGCUUACUACCUCCAGCACACCUGCUUCCAGGACGAGUCUGCCAAGCAAGAGGUCUAUCGUCUGGGGGGAAUCGCAAAGCUUGUUGAACUGCUCCGCAGCACAAACCAGAACGUUCAGCGAGCAGCAGCUGGAGCCCUCCGAAAUUUGGUCUUCAGGAAUCCAACCAACAAGAUGGAAACACGGCGGCAGAAUGGGAUAAGGGAGUGUGUGAGCCUUCUCCGGAGGACGGGGAACACAGAAAUACAGAAACAAUUGACAGGACUGCUCUGGAACCUCUCUUCCACUGAUGAAUUAAAAGAAGAGUUGAUACAGGAGGCCCUCCCUGUCUUAACAGACUGUGUUAUCAUCCCUUUCUCUGGCUGGUCUGAUGGUGGCUGCAAUAGAACAAGAGAAAUUAUUGACCCAGAAGUAUUCUUCAAUGCUACAGGCUGUUUGAGAAACCUGAGUUCUGCAGAUAUGGGACGCCAGACGAUGAGGAAUUAUCCUGGCCUGAUUGAUUCAGUCAUGACUUAUGCCCAGAACUGUGUGGCUUCUAACCGACCCGAUGAUAAGUCUGUGGAGAAUUGCAUCUGCAUCCUGCACAAUCUCUCCUAUCGCCUGGAUGCUGAAGUUCCCAACAAAUACACUCAGCUCAACCACAUGGCCCGGAGUGUUUAUAUGGACAAAACUCUCACAGGCUGCUUCAACAGCAGGAGUGGCAAAAUGGAGAAUGAUGAGUAUGGCAUCCCGCUUCCUGAGGAGGAUUUUAAACCUAAAGGACCCAGCUGGCUCUACCACUCGGAUGCCAUCCGCACCUAUCUGUCCCUGAUGGAGCACAGCAAGAAGGAUGCAACUUUGGAAGCUUGUGCUGGGGCCCUGCAGAACCUCACUGCAAGCCGAGGGCUGAUGUCAAAUGCCAUGAGCCAAUUGAUUGGUAUGAAAGAAAAAGGUUUGCCUCGCAUUGCACGGCUCCUUCAGUCCAACAGCUCCGAAGUUGUCCGGUCUGGGGCCUCUUUGCUGAGCAACAUGUCCCGACAUCCUAUUCUCCACAAAACCAUGUCUCACCAGGUGCUUCCAGAUGUAUCACGUCUCCUAUCAUUCCAGUCUGCAAAUACCAACAGCUAUGGAGAGAUCAUGACAUCAGCCUGUUACACUCUGAGGAACCUCAUCAUGUCCAACCCCCACCUGGGAAAGUCUUACUUGACAAGCAACAUGCUAAAUAAUGUAGUAAGCCUGUGCCGAAAUGGCUCCUGUCCAAAAGCAGCUGAAGCUGCUCGCCUCCUCCUGACGGAUCUUUGGUCAAACAGGGAGCUGCAGAGCGUGCUCAAACAGCAAGGAUUUGAUAAGAACAUGAUGGGAUCUCUAGCUGGAACGACCUUCAGGACCCUCUCUUCCAGAUUCUAG